UGGAUCUGGCAACCGUGCAGUGUAAUGGAACGGAGCUCUGAGCAGUGUUUAUGUUCCGCGGGAUGAGAGUGGAGCUACCAGCUGAUGGUGGUGACUUCGUCUACUGGCCUCUCAUGACCACCUACCUCUUCCCUUCCGCCUUCCUACACAUAGUACAAGAUGCUGAAGGAGUACCGGAUAUGCAUGCCCAUGACUGUGGAAGAGUACCUCAUUGGGCAACUCUACAUGAUUGCUCGACACAGUUCCGAACAGAGUGAUGGAGGAGAGGGAGUGGAAGUAAUUGAAAACAAACCAUACUCUGAUCCUGUACGUGGCGUUGGACAAUUUACAGAGAAAAGGAUUCAUUUAUCUGGGAAGCUGCCACUCUGGAUUCGAUCUUAUAUUCCACGCUUCAUAUAUCUGACAGAGAAGGCCUGGAAUUACUAUCCAUAUACAGAAACAGAAUACACAUGCUCCGUUAUUCCAAGAUUUUCUAUCAAAAUACGCACACGAUACGAAAAUAACAACGGAUCCUCAGAUAAUUGUUUGAAUAUAAACGAAGAUGAGUUAAAGCAGCGAACAGUUGAUCAUGUGGACAUCCUAACUGAUCCAGUUGAUGAGAGGCACUACAAAAAAGAAGAGGAUCCUUCUGCUUUCAAAUCCAUGAAAACAGGCCGUGGCCCUUUAAAAGAUGGAUGGCGUGAAAGGUCAGACAUCAUCAUGUGUUCUUACAAACUUGUUGAUGUUUCAUUUCAAGUGUUUGGGCUUCAAACAAGAAUUGAAGAUUUUGCACACAGAGCCAUUCGGAACAUUCUACUUGUAGGCCACAGACAGGCUUUUGUUUGGAUAGAUGACUGGUAUGGCAUGACCAUAGAAGACGUCAGAGAUUAUGAGUGUGGAAUGCAAAAGGAAACUAAUGAAAAAAUUCGCUCUGCUCAACAGACUGCAGGUAUAGAUGAGACAAAACCUGUUAACUUGAAGGAAGAGGUCGAGGAGGAAGAAAAGGAAGGGGAAGCUCAUUACAGAUGCAAAAGCAAAAAGAAUCUAAAGAAAGAAAAUUCAUCACCAUCCCUGGGAUCUAAAUCCAGUUCUCCUGUCUCACCAGAUAAGCCAGGCUAUCUUUCUUCUUGGUUCAAGUGGUCCUAAUAAUUUAUUAAAUGUUUAAUGGGAAUUAAAAGAUUGAGACAGUUGUGUCCAAAGAGGAAGAUAAAAUGUUUAUGAUAAUACCUGAAAGUUUUUUUUCAGCCUCAACAUGAACAUAACUAUUGUGGUGUGACUAAUAUUUAAAGUAGCCGCUGGUUUUCAUACUGUAUAUGCCUCUUACAUUUAAAUAAUUUUUUUUACUUUAUUGAUAUUUAUUGAUAUAUAAUAUGACAUUUGCUGCACAUCUGAUUCAUGUUGAAGUCUUUUUCUGUCUUAUAUCCACACUAGAUUUAAUUGAUGUGGACAAUUGACCUGUUGCUUUUCUUGGAUAGGAUACUAAUGUGUGACAAAACAUGCCCAAGAAAUUGUGAAAAAUGUGUUUCUAUAAACAUUUUUUUCAUGUAUUUUGUAAGGGUAUGUGGAAACCUAUCUAACUAGUAUGGAUGUUGCAAUUGCAAAUGUUUCCAGCCUUCAAAUGACAGACCACUCUGUAAGAAAGAAGUCUUAUAAUAUAGUGCAAAUAUAUUAUCUGCAAAGAUGAUGAGAUAGGAUUAAUGUUUUUAAGACUACAACUAGCCAGGUUUCUGAAAUGCAAAAUUUUAUUUCUUGAAUACUUUACUAUACAGUAGUGUCAUUGAUGUUGUUGUUAGACUGGUGUACUUUUUUCUAUUGUAUUUUUUUGUAUUAGAAUAGAAGUUGGAAGACCCAAUGUAAACUGUAGUUGAACAUCAAAAACAAUUACCAUUUUGUUGCAGAAAAAUGCUGUAAAUAGAGUUUAUAACUAAGAAGUGACAUGCAAUUGGAAAUUCACCAUGGCCAGGAAAUAUAAAUCAUUCAAACUCUUGUUUUGAUUAAAUUUAAUUUCUGAUUUUUUAUAUACAGUUCACCCUCCCAAAUCUGGACCUUCCUGUAACAUAUCCUUCUAAACAAUGAAUCAUGUUUGCCCACUGGGUUUUCCAUCUGAAACCAGGAUUUUUAACAUUUCGGAGACAUUGCAAUGAAGUACAGUACAGGUAUGAGUCAAAUGAGUCGUUUCCUUCAUCAUGUAAAGUAAUUUCCAUAAAAUUGCAUUUUGUUUUCUUAUUUUUGACAAAUCAUGUAUUUUUUGUGGGGGAACCCUUACGGCUCCCUCGAGCUAUCAGGCUAAUGUGGGAUAUUAUAAGACUGGGGCAUUAGCUAUGUAGUUUAACCUACCAGGGACUACGAGCCAGAACCUGGCCCUUUCAGAGAGGUUUCAGGGAGCAAUGGCUCUGGAAAACCUCCCUGUGGUUGGGGGAUUUUCCUUAUGUCACUGACUAGGGUUAGGCACCCAGAAAGGUAGGCAUAACAAAUUACACCCCACACGGUAAGAAACUAACAACGAAAACCGAACAGAGAGGCAGAACUCCCUUCAAUCCCAAGGAAACAAGCAAAUGUCACACUCCACUGCCGCACCGUUUGUCCGUGCAGCCCUCCCCUUCCCAAGACGGGAGGGGGGGUGAGCCUCAGACCCCCAUGCUGGCUACUCCGACUUCCAGUUUGUCAGCUAAUGUUGUCCAGGGGGCUGACCCCUUUGUGGCCACGAUUUCCUUUGCGGUGUUUUGCCUUCGUGAGGGACCUCUGCUGUGUUAUUGUUGUGAGUGGCAGUGUUGGGCGGCUCCUCCUCCUCCUCCAUGGGAUUCGGGGCUCACGGGGCAGGCUUCUUUCCCUGCGCUUCGUUGGGUCAUCUUGGAGUGGGUGCGCUUGGGUGUGGUCGAAACAACCGCGUUCCUCAAGUGGGUUUCCCAUUUGUUUCCAGUAUCGAAACGGGACUAUGCGGAUCUGCGGUUCGUUCUGGAUUUGUACUUUCUGAACCCCUGGAUUCCUUGCCCUUCCUUUCGGAUGACUACUGUCUCAGGUCCGGCUUCAGUUGGAGCCAGGUUCGUGGAUGGUGUCCCUGAACCUCAAGGACGGGUCUUGGCACGUUCCUUUUCAUCCGGGGUUCAGGGACUGGUUAGGUUUCGUGGUAGGGCAUCAGGCUUACCACUCCCAUUUUCUUUCUUUUAGCUUGAAUCUCGCACCUGGUGUAUUCACACUUCUUACCUGGGUCGUGGUGACCCGUCUGUUCUUGUUGGGGUUUGGGUCCUGACCUACCACGACGACUGGCUGGUGUGGGCUCCCAGUCGGUCCGCUUGUCUGCUUGCCAGGGGUGUGGUUCUUUUCCAGCUCACCAGGUUUGGGUUCCUGGUGAAUUGUCAUUUGACAGUGGCUCAGUGGCUCGCAGUUAUCUGCGAGCUUCGGCUUCGGUAGUUGGGGAUGCGCUUUGGGUUGACCCGGUUUCCCCUUGUUCCCUGUUCCAGGUCUCGGGUCUCCCAGGUUGUCCUUAGGGUUAUUAAAUCUAGCCAGCCUGUGGUCUAUCCUCGUGCCCACGAUGAUAGGAAAUUUGCUGCAUUGGCUGCCGUGUUUGGCAACAUGUCUUGGGCUGAUAUUCGGGCACGGGGUUUUUGGAAGUCGAACAGGGUCCUGGCCGCCCGUUAUUUGGCUAACGUCCCUGCUUCUGGGCGUCCCUGUGUUACUUUGGUAGCAGGUUGCAGCCAGUUUUCUCGACUUUGUGUUGAGGAGUUUGUGAUGGCCGUCUCCCGGGCAAGUUUCUCUUUUUCUUCUCUUUGGUUAUGAAGCUCCAGGGGCUCCUCACAGAAAACCAGCAUUGAAUGUAAUGAAAUGCCAUUUUCUGGGUUAGCUCUGGCGACUCCCUGACAACCUUCCCUUCCUCCGGUCAGCGGUUUUUCACGGGGAGGGGAGGGCUGUGUGGAUAAACGGCGCGGAGGUGGAGUGUAACUUUUGCUUCUUUCUUGAGUUUGAAGGGAGUUCAGCCUCUGUUUGGUUUUCGUUAUUAGUUUGUUACCAUGUGGGGUUUGUUUUGUUAUGCCUACCUUUCUGGGUGCCUAACCCUUGUCGACGGCAGAUUAGGAAAACCCCCAACCACAGGGGGGGGUGUUUCCAGGGCCAUUGCUACAUGAAAUAUCUCUGAAGGGACCAGGUUCUGGCUCGUGGUCCCUGGUAUGUCGAACUCCAUAGUUAAUGCCCCAGUCUAAUAUCACAUAUUAGCCCGAUAGCUCCAGGAAGCCUCCGGGGCCCAACCAGAAAAUGGCGUUUCAUUACAUUCAGUGCUGAUUUUUUUAUUUGUAAUAGGAUUCAAAAUAAUACAAUUAUAUUUUAGAAAUAUUUUACUAAGCUUGUACAGGUGAACCUCAUUUAACAAAUACUUAUUCUACAAAUAUUUGCUCUAAGGUUUACUAAAAAAAAAUCCAUUUACAUAAAUGGGUGUCAAUGUGUGGGUGUUACAUGUGAGUUGAUGCAUCAGUGGUGUUACAUCAAAUUACAGGAUGACUGUAAUUUGUUGAGUGUGUUGGUGCUCUCACAUCCUCAAUGACCCACUCAGUCACACACAAUUGGAACAGGAUGUUGUUCAUCCUAGGUGGAGAAGGAUUGGUGAUGGAAGGAGGGUGUGAGGUGCGUACUUGUGUGAUAAAUUACAAAUGGAUACACUGUACACAGUACAGUAUAAGCCUUUAUUUCUUCAUUUCAAUAUUUUCAAGAAAGUAAUGGGUUUUGUAGCCAUUUUAGGCUGAGUGGAGAGGGUAAUUGAACAGGAUGUUGAAGUAUCUGGCUAGCCUGUUUAUCUAGCUUAGCAAUGUGUGUGUGUGUACUCGCCUAGUUGUGUUUGCGGGGGUUGAGCUCUGGCUCUUUGGUCCCGCCUCUCAACAGGUAACAAACACACACGUGUGUGUGUGUGUGUGUGUCUAGCCUGACAGCCUAUAUUUAGCAAGACAUUGUCAAGCCUUUCUGUAUAUGUAGCUUUGGUCUGGAAUGUUUUAUCAGCUUGUACCACUAGUCAAUGGAAAAUUAUUUUACUUGACAGAAUUAUUGAUUAUCACCACCUUCUGGAGAACGCAUCUUGGUUCUUAAGUGAGGCCUGCCUGUAUUGCACUAUAGGUUGCUCAAAAGUUUGUGUUUUUCUUGUAUAAGUGUGAUCCAACCUCUUGCCAUUGAAUCAUUUUCACUGACUUUUAUUCAAAUAUAUCAUUAUUGAAUCCAUGUUGUGCUGUAAGAGUAAUAUGGGUACAUCAAAGGUGAGAGGAACUUCCUUUUCAUGGAUAAUAAGGCCUAACUAUUAGAAAUACUUUACAAGAUCAUGGCUAGGGAGUAAAGCUGCUGGCAAAGGAGCGUAGCAUUGGUACUAAUUCUGUUUCUGACAUAAAAAAGCAUAGGAAGCAGAACAUGUAGUUUGUGAAUAAAAUAAAGAGCAGUGGUGGUAAAAAGAAGUUGCAUAUAAACAUUGAAACCUUGUAAGCAUGAGGAUUUAGAUGCUACUGCUUCCAGUGGUUUACUACAGCACUAUAGGCUGGGGUAAACAAUUAGCUCAGUAGCUGAGAGAAUGGCAUUAGCCAUGAACACUGAGGAUUUUGAGGCAAGUUCAGGGUAAUUGCAGAAGUUACCUAAAUUUACCUGAGCGGCUAUAUCUUUAGUAUCCUCGAUGGGGACAGGAAGCUGGUGGCUUGUCAAAGGUUCCCCCAAUAUUCCUGAAGAUUUUUUCAUACUAAACUAUACACUGAAGUAAUGUCUUGGCAUUUAUGGCCUAGGUGGGGUAGACAGUUCCAUGGAUUUUUAUCCAAUGGGUAAAAAAGCAUCUGUUUUCUCUCCUACAUUGUGGCUUAUUGAGCUUAAAGCUGUUGUCCCCUUGUAUGCAUUACUUUGAUAUUUUAAAGAAGUGGUCUGGACUAAUAUCUUCAAAUUUUUUAAGUAUUUUAAAGAUCUCGAUAAGAUCAAUCCUGUCAUGUUUGGUUAGUAAUCCUGCAGCUGAAACAAACAGCCUCGUUGAUCAGAAAACCAACCAGAAGACCUGGUCCAAGACUGGGUCGCGGAGAUGUUGAUCCUUGGAAUCAUCGACAGGUAAAUGACGGGUAAAGCCCUCAGUUGUUUCUGAGAUGAGAGUUGACUUGGUUCUGAGGUGAAUUUUGUCUCUGUUCACCAAAGUAGCUAUGUUCUUUUGAAAGUGAGGUCUUCAUGCUUGGAUACAGAAGACCAGAGACCUGUACAGCUGAACAGUGAACAAACCAUUUUUAUAUUUUUUUGUGCAUUAUUAUUAUUAAGUGGCACACUAAUCAUUAUUUAUAUAUUGUCUAAAUGUGCAUAAACAUUUAGUGUAUCACUUGCUAUAAAAAAAUUUUUUUUAAAUAUAUUGAUAAGUAGCCCAGAAGGGGCUAAAUACUGGAUAUCCAGAUUAAGUGCAAAUCUGGAUCAUAUCAAAGACAAUACAAUCCAGAUUUUGUAGGUUACCUGUAGUGUAUAAACUUUUGUUUAGUACAGAAUGGUUAUCAAAGACCAUUUUCUAAAGAAUUCUGCUUCACUUUACUGUAAUUGUUUGUAGUAAUGGAGCACAUUAAUUGCUAUUAUUUUUGUAUAAUCAUUAAAAUAUGGGGAUGAGCUGUCUCCUAACUGUGCCUUCAAUUGGCAAAGUUUGUUCUUUAACAUUUAAUGAGGAAAAUCAAAUGUAUUAUGAAAUUUUAAUGUAGAGUAAAUUAAAUUGUUGUGCAUUCAUAUUAUAAACAAGAAUGCAUGUGGACUAUUAAAAGUGACAUAAUUGGAGUUAGUGGUAAUUUAGUGCAUUAGUUAUGUCAGUGGUGCAUAUGCAAAGUUAUUUAAUGAUCCAGUAAACAACAGAAUACUCAUGACAAUUACUCUUAACAAGGCACAAGCAAGUACAAGUAAUUUCUUAGGAAUCGAAGAAAUAACCAUAAUGGAUUGUUUGGUUUCUUUGUGUUUUUUGUUUUUUAGUCUUCAAGACUUCACUUUUGGAGGAAUAUAUAUUUAUGCUAUGUGAGUACAUUCAUCAUGUUGUGUUUGUGCAUACAUCGUGUUGUAUGUGUGUAUUCAGUAUUACGUUCUAUGUUUAAGCUAUAUUUUUGUGGAUUGCCUUAAGUUUGUACUUGUAAUAUAUUCAGCUGCUAGGCAGGAUCAUCCUUGCCUCUAUUUUUAUUUAUUUUGGUAUAUUAAGAUUUUACUGCAUUUAUACAGCAGGCUGAUUUAUGCAGAGCUUAAUCUGAAUCCAGUUUGUGCUGCUUUCCUGUGGGGAACCCCUUUGGCUCCCUGGAACUAUUGGGUUAAUAUGCAAUUCAUUAGACCAGGGCAUUAGUCAUAAGCAUUCUUGCUCGAGGUCCCCUAAUGGGGCCCACGAGAACCUGACCCCCUCAGAGAGGCACAGGGAGCAAUGACCCUGGAACCCCCCCUCCUGUGGUUAGGGGUUUUCCUUAUCUGCCAUCAGCUGGUGGUUAGGCACCCAGAAAGGUAGGCAUAACAAAACAGACCCCACAUGGUAAGAAAAUUGCAACCGAAUAGAGGCAGAACUCCCUCCAAUCCCAAGGAAACAAGCAAAUGUCACUUCCCACCCCCGUGCCACUCGUCCAAACAGGCCCCUCCCUCCACCCCGGGAGGGGAAGCCACAGGCGUCUGCAACCCGGCCAUUACAGUUCGUCUGCGUGCGAGUUUGAAGGUUGCUGUGUGCCAUUGUCUCAGGAUGACAGUCACUGCUUUUUCCUCUAUCUUGCUGGCUGUUGGGUCACCGACACCUUUGACCCAGAGUCCUGCGAGUCGCACUUCUUGCUUGUUCUCCAAUUUACCCAUUCUGAUGACAUUGAUAUUAGGGUACAGGUGGCAUCUGCGUUUCAUGCUAGGUUUAGGUUGCUGCAACGUCCUAAGUUGAUUGCCCACCUGGAUGCCCCAAGGCUGCCCCAUUUUGAUUAUAGGGACCCGGACUUGGGGGCUUUCAUCACUUUGACUUUGGUUCCAUCCGUGCUCCUUGGUCCUUACCCUGAAGGAAAGCUCCCCACUGUGAAGUUUCUGUGAAGCUCACCACAGAAAACCAGUGUUGAAUGUAAUGAAAUGCCAUUGUCUGGGUGAGCCCUGGAGGCUCCCUGGCACCCUCCCUCCCUCCAGUCGGUAGUUUUCACGUUGUUUUGAUACUUGACUCCGAACUGGAAUGGCUGGGUCACGGAGAGGGGGGAGUGACGUUUGCUUGUUUCCUUGGGACGGAUGGAAAACCAAAGGAAAAACCCCAACUACAGGGGGGGUUUUCCAUGGCCAUUGCUCCCUGUGCCUCUCUUGAGGAGGGGGGGGGGCCAGGUUCUGGCUCGGUAGGCUGAAUGCCUACGACUAAUGGCUUGGUCUAAUGAAUUGCAUAUUAGCCUGAUAGCUCCAGGGAGCCUCUGGGGCUCACCCAGAAAAUGGCAUUUCAUUACAUUCAGUGCUGGUUUUUUGGUAUUUGAUAUUUAUAGAGUGCUUGUAAAUACCAAAAUACAGUGUGAUAUAGUACGGUUGAUACAAAGCAAAGUAUUGUAUAAAUGGAAUGAGAACAGAAAAGGUUAAUUUUCACAUUGUGAUAAAUAUUUAACACCUAUUAUUAAUAGAAAUGGAGGGAUCUCUCGUAUUUCAUCUAUACCAGGGGUCUCCAAACUUUUCAGUACAAGGACCACAUUAUAUUUUCACAUUUUUGCUGGUUAAAGAAGAAAUCAGUUAUAUAAAUUAAUAUUUUAUUUGGGUGUUUUUGGAUAAUCAUUGUGAUUCAGAACAAAGGAAAAAGUGACAAUUAUAAAGAAAGGAGGUUAUCUUGAGGUUAUCUUGAGAUGAUUUCGGGGCUUUAGUGUCCCUGCGGCCCGGUCCUCGACCAGGCCUCCACCCCCAGGAAGCAGCCCGUGACAGCUGACUGACACCCAGGUACCUA